UAUUGCUCAACUACCAGUAGAUCGUAUGGGUCUCAUCGAGAAUAUUCUACUCACGUCUGCUCCUGAAUUAAGCGUAUCGAAAUCAGUAAACCAUAAAUCUAUUAUAAAAAGAAAAAGUCCACAUUUUAUAACUCGAGAAUAUCUUAAUGUUAAAUGUAAUGUAGUGGUCAUCAUUCAUUUGCAAGAAUAUUUAAUUUCUGAGGAAAUUGAAGAAGAAAAUUUAGAUGAUGAUAAUCUUCUAAAGGAUAUCAUUCGUAAGGGGAUGAAAAAAUAUGUGAAUACAUAUCUUAGACCAACAGAACUCACCGCAUUCAAACGUACACUUCUUAAUUAUACACUGGAUUAUUGGAAGACAAUACAUUUAUAUCGGAUGAAUAUUGGGGUAUUGGUGGUUGUGUGUGUCGAGGUAUUAUUACACGCGAACGAAAAUAACGAAAACUAUCUCAUGAUAUACCGUUGUAAUCAAUCAAGAGCAAUCAAAGAAUAUAACAAAUUGUGUGAUUUACCAAUCAAUCAGAAACCAUCAGCCGAUAUAGCUAGAUCAGCGAAAUGUUUUUUUUAUAGCGGAAUGUUUUUAAAGGAAAAUGGAUGUUUAAAAGCAGUACGAUCUUACUUGAAAGCAAUAUCUGAUUAUAUUGAUAAUGAUGAGUUAUCUUAUGUAAGAGACACUUCAAUUAAAUUUAUACAUGAUCAUGCAGCUAAAAAUCCAGUUUAACUCCUACAUUGAUCCGAUCGAUGAUCAUUAACUUAACCCAAGAACGAUUGGUAGAUUCAUCUGCCGACACUAGAUGGGCCUUUGGUAAAAGUCUGAUUCAUCAGUCGUAUCAAAAACUCUUAGUCCAAAACUCUUCAGAACCAGAUAGUAUUAGCUAGAAUGCCCAAUUUUCUAAUGCAUAACACUAAUGCCUCGAAUUGAAAACCUCAUUUGACGCGAGGAUGCUUUAUAAAUGCAGUGACAUUAGCUGUCACCCAAAUUACCAAAAAAUAUUUUGUCAAUGCAAUAUAUCAAAUCUUUUAAUAUUAAUUAAAAAAGUGUACUCAUUCUACGUUGCUGGAGGUGUCCAGAGUUCAUUACUGUUAUUCCGUAAAUUUGGCAACCAAUAUUUGAACAUUUUCAUAUGUAUUUUAGAUACCUGAUUUUUUAGCAAAAAUACAAAAUGCAUAAAAAAGGCAGUGUUGUCCUGUUGGAGUAAAAGGAAAAAAGUUAUAAUUUUUCCUAUUUUUUACUGCAAUAAGUUAAUCAUCGAUCGACGCGAGGGACAAGUACGGACGGACCCCACUGCAGUAUGCCGUAGCGAGAUUAUUACCGAACACCGUCGAUGUACUACUGGAUCACGGCGCCGAAUUGUCUAACUUCGUUUUCCCAUCCGAGAGUCUCCUUGACGCGAGCAUUAAAUUUAAAAGCGGCAUAAAUAUAAAAAUAACGUCUGGCAUUUUGGCUAUCGUCGAGCGCCUCGAGACCAGAGGAUACGAGCUUAGCCGAUCGGACGCCCUGAUCGUCAUGAAACUGUUUGCCAAGUACAAAUUGUUCGUCAAGUCGGCGGAUCUUGAAGUUCUUAAUUGGCAGGACCACGAGGAGGUCACGAGCUUCGCGAAAGAGACGAUGAUAAGUCCGAGUCUUUCGCUCUACGACCUGCUCCAGUUGCGACCUAAGGAGGUAGUGAAACGAAUCACCUGCAAGGAAUUCUUCGAGUU